GCGGGCGCGGCGCGGCGCGGCGCCAUCUUGCAGCCGGCGGCGCGGAUUGAAUGAGCCCGCCGAGCCCGGGCCGCCGUCGGGAGCAGCGCAGGCCGCGAGCCGCCGCCACCAUGGCCACGCCGCUGCCCGGCCGCGCGGGCGGGCCCGCCACGCCGCUGUCGCCCACGCGCCUGUCGCGGCUGCAGGAGAAGGAGGAGCUGCGCGAGCUCAACGACCGCCUGGCGCACUACAUCGACCGCGUCCGCGCGCUGGAGCUGGAGAACGACCGGCUCCUGCUCAAGAUCUCAGAGAAGGAGGAGGUGACCACGCGCGAGGUGAGUGGCAUCAAGGCGCUGUACGAGUCGGAGCUGGCCGAUGCCCGGAGAGUCCUGGAUGAGACGGCUCGAGAGCGUGCCCGGCUGCAGAUAGAGAUUGGGAAGCUGAGGGCAGAGUUGGACGAAGUCAACAAGAGCGCCAAGAAGAGGGAGGGCGAGCUUACGGUGGCCCAGGGCCGUGUGAAGGACCUGGAGUCCCUGUUCCACCGGAGCGAGGUGGAGCUGGCAGCCGCCCUCAGCGACAAGCGCGGCCUGGAGAGUGACGUGGCUGAGCUGCGGGCCCAGCUGGCCAAGGCCGAGGACGGUCAUGCAGUGGCCAAAAAGCAGCUGGAGAAGGAGACGCUGAUGCGUGUGGACCUGGAGAACCGCUGCCAGAGCCUGCAGGAGGAGCUGGACUUCCGGAAGAGCGUGUUCGAGGAGGAGGUGCGGGAGACGCGGCGGCGGCACGAGCGGCGCCUGGUGGAGGUGGACAGCAGCCGGCAGCAGGAGUACGACUUCAAGAUGGCACAGGCGCUGGAGGAGCUGCGGAGCCAGCACGACGAGCAAGUGCGGCUCUACAAGCUGGAGCUGGAGCAGACCUACCAGGCCAAGCUGGACAGCGCCAAGCUGAGCUCUGACCAGAACGACAAGGCGGCCAGUGCGGCUCGCGAGGAGCUGAAGGAGGCCCGCAUGCGCCUGGAGUCCCUCAGCUACCAGCUCUCCGGCCUCCAGAAGCAGGCCAGUGCCGCUGAAGAUCGCAUUCGGGAGCUGGAGGAGGCCAUGGCCGGGGAGCGGGACAAGUUCCGGAAGAUGCUGGACGCCAAGGAGCAGGAGAUGACGGAGAUGCGGGACGUGAUGCAGCAGCAGCUGGCCGAGUACCAGGAGCUGCUGGACGUGAAGCUGGCCCUGGACAUGGAGAUCAACGCCUACCGGAAGCUCCUGGAGGGCGAGGAGGAGAGGCUGAAGCUGUCCCCCAGCCCAUCCUCGCGCGUCACCGUCUCACGAGCCACCUCCAGCAGCAGCGGCAGCAUGUCCGCCACCGGGCGCCUGGGCCGCAGUAAGCGGAAGCGGCUGGAGGUGGAGGAGCCCUUGGGCAGCGGCCCAAGCGUCCUGGGCACGGGCACGGGUGGCAGCGGUGGCUUCCACCUGGCCCAGCAGGCCUCGGCCUCGGGCAGCGUCAGCAUCGAGGAGAUCGACCUGGAGGGCAAGUUUGUGCAGCUCAAGAACAACUCGGACAAGGAUCAGUCUCUGGGGAACUGGAGAAUCAAGAGGCAGGUCUUGGAGGGGGAGGAGAUUGCCUACAAGUUCACGCCCAAGUACAUCCUGCGCGCCGGCCAGAUGGUCACGGUGUGGGCAGCUGGUGCGGGGGUGGCCCACAGCCCCCCCUCGACGCUGGUGUGGAAGGGCCAGAGCAGCUGGGGCACGGGCGAGAGCUUCCGCACCGUCCUGGUUAACGCGGAUGGCGAGGUGGGUGUGUGUGGCUUGGGGGGUGCUCGGCUGGAGUCCUGGGCAGGGUCUGGGGACCCUCGGGGCCGCCACGGCAGCUCUGGGCCUGAUCCCGGGACACGCCGCCGUGUGCUGUCCCGCACAGGAAGUGGCCAUGAGGACCGUGAAGAAGUCCUCGGUGAUGCGUGAGAAUGAGAAUGGGGAGGAAGAGGAGGAGGAAGCCGAGUUUGGCGAGGAGGAUCUUUUCCACCAACAGGUAGGACCCCUGUGCCCACUUGCGGCUGGGGGGCAGCCUCUGGGGCAGAGUGAGCUCGUGCACACACAUACACAUGCGUGCUGGCCGCAUCCCCGACGGGAGCUCCAUCUGGCUGCUGUGGCUCAGGGUGAAGCUAGCCUUGGCUGUUACCAGCACGGCAGAGACCUGUUCUUGCCUCUUGGGUCGUGCCCAUCGUGUGGAUUUGCGACAUCACAGACCUCAGGGUAGCUGGCCAGGGGGUCCCCUGAGAGGUGGGUGUUGAACAGCUCCCCAGAUGCUGUCUGGUCAACCGGCUUCCUCAGUCGAAGACACAGGUCCCUUCAAUACUGGCUUCUGGGGAGAAGAUGAGUGCAGAAACCACAGCUGCAUUAAACGCGUGCGUUGCAAGUUCCUGUGAUUGUUUUGGAACCCAAAACAGAAUGUGUAGCUCACAGGCGGGCUCAUAGGGACAUGGAAGUGGAAUGGAAGGCUCUAGAAAUAGACACUGUUGUUGCUCAGCCCCUCCCUGGUGGGGAGGUGGGGGCAGCCAUCUACCUGCCGGCUGCCUCCAGGCUGGCCCUGAUCAUGGCCGUCCUUCCUUCCUUCCUUCCUGCAGGGGGACCCGAGGACCACCUCAAGAGGCUGCUACGUGAUGUGAACCCACACUCCUCAUCCACACACCUUUCUUUACCCAGAGCCACUGAAAACUAUUUUUAUAUCAUUGGCUUUCUUUAGUUCUUGAUACAUUUCUAGAGAAUUUCUAAGCGAACUGCCAGAACGUGUGGGUGGGUCUCCCCCAGCCCUCCCUCCUGGCGGGUCUCCUCCAGCCUCACUUCGCUGCCACGUCGCCGCUGCCCUGGAGGCUUUUCAAUCCCACCCCACUCCCCAUCUCACCAUUUGGUCAAAUUGGAAGCCCAGGGCCAGGACCCCGAGGUUGAGAAGAUGCUUGGGCUUGGAGGGAGGAGGGCCGGCGAGGCUAGCGAGGGGACAGGAGACGGCCCUGCUGUGGACGGAGCGCAGAAACUGCGUAGGAAUUCAAUGGUGGUGGGUUUUUUUAAGGCUUUCUACAAAACCAAAUUCAGAAUCCAGGCGUCGACCUGGUGGGUCCGGGGGCCAAGCCUGCAUUCUGGCUGCCCAGCUUCGGACAGCGGGAACUCCUCAGGCAGCCACGCAGCGGGUGUGGACCAGCAUGGGGAUGGCGUGGCCCCCAGGGCGGGUUUUCACUCCGCUGCCUGGGCUUCCAGAUUCCCGUUCUGGCAGCGCACUGGCCGGGUUUCUCGGACCGUUGACUUUAUUUGGGGGAGUUUUCCCGCAGUUCAGCUCCUGACUGUGUAGGGCCAACAGGGCAGGGGAGGGGAAGACCCGGGGAAGAAAGAAUGAAUACAGUCCCGUCGUAAGACCUGUCACAACAAUAAGCAGGGAGGGGAGAUGUGGAGGGGACACAUCUGGUUGCCUUGGAGGCAGAAGCUGUGAGUUUCAGAACAGCUGUCUGCAGGGAACGCCACCAUGUUGACCCUCUGGAGGAGAGCACUGUGGAGCCCCUCCCGUGUUCCAGCUCCGUCUGCCCUGCGCCUAUAUAUACACAUGCGUCUAUCCAUACUGUGCUUUUAUCUGUGAUUUUCUCGCUGAAACCACGUUUCUCAGACAGGCCAAGGCCACCUGACUCCUAUCACGACGCACCCAGGCCCCUCAGUCCAGCUUCCCAAUGCCUGGCACCCCCCUUCAGCAAUAGCUCACCGUUUACACCCUCCCUCACAGAUACACAGAAGUUAUUUUUUUAAUGGAUAUUUAUUUUUUUACAUUGGUCAGUACGCAGGUCAGGAGCUCACGCCAGGGCCUUGAGGACAGGCUGACCCUCCUCCCCGGGGUGGCGUGGGGCUGGGGCACCCUCCGACGGCAGAGCCUCCUUCAGAAAGUGCAGCUCAAGUCUUAAAGACACCAAAACUGAGCCAUGGGCACGCGCCGUCUCCGGGCCAUGGCGUUCACUGCAGGGCGGGGGCGGCACCGCUCCCCUGUGACUGCAUCCCGCCUCCCUGGGGACCUGCCUGUGGCAGGAAGGAAUGGGGGGCCCCAGCCCCAGGCCGGGAAGGAGCCAGCGGCCGACAAAGCAGAAACACCCGCUGCUCCACGUAGCCCCUGCUCGCUGUCCUUGCUCUCAGAAGUCCCUGUCCCAUGUAGAUAGAGGGGGGCGCAUCUUACCAAAGCAUUUCCUCCUGGAGGCUACGCCGCCGUGCUCCCAGUCAGGCGGCUGGUAGGGAGCUUUGCCUGCCCCGCGGAUACCCUCUGCCAGCCGCUGGAAGUGGGAAUGCUGGCAACAGACUGUGUCCUCUUUCCCACCUUCAAGGCAGGAAUCACCCGGACCCGACUGGCUGGGCUUCGUGCCAGCGAGGGUUCUCGGGGUGGGUCUUGGUGAUCUUGUCCUGUGGGGAGUCUGCAGUGGUCUCAGCCACAUCCUAUGUAUUUUGGCUCUGGAGGAGCAAAGCUGUACCCUGGAGUUGGUCUGUGAUUUGCCGACAGCCUUGCAGGCUGGGCUCAGGGACAGAGUCCCCCCCAAAACCCGCAGGUCCUCAUGUCCAGACGCUGCCCAGUCCUGUCCUGAACACAGCACGCCCCAGGCCCACAGAACCCCCCACCCUACAUUUGCCUUGGGUGGAGCUGGGGGUGGUCCUAGGACUGCGGGUGCCCUUAGCUGAAGGGGGUGGGGAGAAGCGUGGACUGGGCAGCCUGUGGGUGAUUGGAGGUUCAUUGAGAAUUGAGUCUUUGGAAACACUAAGAAAAUCAAAUUUUUAAAAGUUAUUUAUGGCCUGGGAAACAAUUUGCAUUUGUCCCCAAAUACGCUUAGCUGUGUGCCGCUUAGAACGAUGCAAAACCAUCCCUCUGUGUAAGCCCAUGCCGUGUGACUCGAAGCCUAGCGCCCUCCCUGCGAAGCAUCAGACGCCACCCAGCCCUGGGGGGAGGCCCACGCCUGCUGGACCAACGCGGAUUCUGGGGUGCACAGCGCCAGGUUAACGCUGAAGCCUGCCCCGCUGAGCCCAGGAGCCGGGAGGCCUGCGGGCUGACCCAGAAUCCGAUCAUGCACCUGUCCUCAUGCCAGCGGCUUUGGCUGGGGUUGGUCUGAAGCCUGCACGCGGCAGUUCUUUGUUAAAGAUCCGAGGGACUCAGUCCUGGGGCGUCGCCGCCUGCAGCCUCUUCCAAGCCCCGCGUCCAGCGAGCGUCACAGCACAACCUGCAAACGGAGCUGGGCUGCAGCUGGGGCUGGCAUGGACUUUCAUUUCAGAGAUUCGGUUUUUAAGAAGAUGCAUGCCAAAUGUGUUCUUUUUUUUUCCAAUGAUGAUUUGUAAUAUACAUUUUAUGACUGGAAACUUUUUUGUACAACACUCCAAUAAACAUUUUGAUUUUA